AUGGCUCAGAAAAGAAACCAGUCAAGUAUAGGUUCAUCAGAAGAUGAUGAUAAAAGAGAAUUUGCUGUCAGCCGCAAGAUCAUGCUUGCAGCAAUCGCCACAUUGCUUGGAGUUGUGACAAUCAUAGUCUUACUCCAUCUCUGUUCAAGGUAUCAUCUAAGACGCAAAGAAAGGAGACAGCGUGCUGCCCUUCAUCGCCAGAGAACUCAAAUUACAGCGAUUAAUGAAAGUUCCAUUAACGAGGCACUAAAGUCAGGGCUCGACCCUUUGAUCAUAGCGUCAUUGCCGAUGUUCACAUACAAGAUAACCCCCGGCCAGGUUGAUGACCAUGACGAGCCGACGGAGUGCUCGGUUUGUUUGGGAACCAUUACGGAAGAGUUCACAGACAGGGUCUUACUAAACUGUAAGCACAUGUUUCAUGUGGAGUGUAUAGAUACGUGGCUGGGAUCACAUACAACUUGCCCCAUAUAUAGCAGCCUGGUUGAACCCAGGGUCCAGGCGUCAGAGGACAAAUUAAAGAGUUGUGCAUCAGGGUUCAACCCACGGCUCCUCCUUUAAAUGAAAACGCGUCCAUUAGUGUUGCCCAAGCGGAAAAGGAAAUUAAGUGGACCAUCAGGAUCCUUUACAAGGAUUCAAAGUUGUGGGGAUGAAGUAUUUGACACUCGAGAUCUAGAGAGGCAGCGAUGGACUAAUAAUUUCACAAUUUAAAAGUAUUUAUGAAAUACUUUUUCUUUGAUUCUUUUUUCCCUACAUAAAUGAAGUACCUAAUU